CAUGUGCUCUUUGGCUGAGGGAGGUGAUGGUAACGAUAGUACUAGAAAGUUCAUGUGCUCUUUGGCUGAGGGAGGUGAUGGUCACGAAGAUAGUAGUUAAGGCUAGAAGAAAUCCAUCUUCACAGGCAUCCUGAGACCGAUUUCAAGGGGAGAAAGGUCCUCGGAUGCGUCUCAAGAUGGAUUUCCCUUAGUUCUAAAGUAGUACUGCUACUGCUACGAGUACGACGAGGAAGAGAGAGCAGCUAGAUAAUGUCGCGAGAAAACUACGGUCGGAUCUCGCAGAUCUGAUGAGGCGAACACCAGACUUCUUGAAUACUAUAGAUUUUGAUCAGAGAUUGCGUUUACAGGAGUGGCUGCAGGUGAUUGAGCAGGAUUUUUGUCCCGGCUCGCGUUCGCAAGCCAAGGUCGCACAACAAGAAGCUAGGAAGACAAUCAAAACCGUGCCUGCUCUGUUCGACGUCAACUCUCCUGGAGGCACAUCUCGCUGGACCCCCUUGCAUUUGGCCGGUCAUAUGGGAUCGUUGACUUGUGUCAGACUCUUGCUAGACGCCAAAGCGGAUUUGUUUCGUGAAAACGCAGAAGCAAGGUUACCAAGGUACGCAGCCAAGAGCAAUUUCGCAACGUCCAAAAUUUUGAAACAAGCUGAAGACGCGGCUUUGUAUCGUCCGUGCUCAGCUGUUGUGGGUGGUGGAGGUGGUGGUGCUGGUGGAGCCGCUGUUGGCAACUGUAGUAGGAGUAGAGGAAAUGA